CAUUCUGAAAGCCGUGGAGAAGAGUGCAGCAGGCGAGCUAAAACUCUAAAUAAUGCCAUCUUCUGCUAGUGUGCAUCAAUUAGAGCAAGGGAUUCGUAGCAGAAAGGGGAAAAUGUGCGUUCAUGGGCAUGAUUUUCACAGCCAGAUAGUCAGCAUUUCCUUGAAGAAAUAUAGCGAACUGCCGAGGAGAGGAAAGCCAAGAUCGAAAGAAGAAUGGACACCUCUUUCUGCAUUUAUUUUGUCAUCAGGCCAGGAGUUGACUGUAGUUUCGCUUGGAACAGGCUCAAAGUGCAUUGGAAAGGGCAAGAUGAGCCCUGAAGGUAAAAACUGUUUAUGAAUUGUGAGUGAAAUGUACUAUAGCUAUAUUACUACAGGGUGGAUUGUAAAUGACAGUCAUGCAGAGGUGGUUGCUCGAAGAUGUUUUGUGAGGUACCUGAUGCAUCAGGUACUAAUGGCAGCUCAGGCAAAGGAGUCAAUAUUUGAGGCCGUAACAACGAAAACACCAGGUGGAGAGGGGGAGGUGUUGUAUGCACUGAGACCAGGACUAACCUUUCACUUCUUUUCCAGCCAAUCGCCAUGUGGAGAUGCUUCAAUAUUCCCUCGGUGUACCGCCGCUAAAAGAAAGCAUGAAGUUGACGAUAGUAUUUGCAGCACAAAAAAGAAGGCCAAGAGUGAGACAAGUCAAACUUUGGAAAAUUCCGACUCUUUAUUCAGCCCUUGGGUUGAGAGAGAAUGUCCUGGUGGUAGUGAAGAGGCCAGGGAUACUAGUGCAGUUCCUGAUAUCCAUCGCACUGGUGCGAAGUGUGUGAGGGGAGGAGCUCAGGACGAGAGGCGAGCUGGAGUCGACUACCAUACUGUGGGUGCCCUCCGGACCAAGCCCGGGCGGGGCAACCCCACCCUCUCCAUGUCGUGCAGCGACAAACUGAUGCGGUGGACUGUGCUGGGGACCCAGGGAGCUCUCCUCUCUCACCUCCUUGCCUCGCCCGUCUACCUCAGCUCUGUUACCAUGUGUGGAGAGGUUUUCAGUGAGUGCUCCGCCCAGCGUGCCCUCUGCAAGCGAACAGAGACACUGAGGCUAAGUGAGACAGUGCAAAGCAGUGGCUACUGUGUUCAUUUGCCUGAAAUAGCUCACGUGAGGGCGCCUUCAGAUGAACUAGCUGAGGUGUGGAAAGAGGUGGCAAUUUCCGAAGAAAGUUCUAAGAAGCUAGCCCCUGGAGCUAUAUGCUGGGCUAAAACUGGGGCAGGUGCAGAGGUGUUGGUCCAGGGACUCAGACAGGGAUGGAACGCCAAGAAGCCUCCAACCAGAUCAGCCAGUGUGUCUAUAUGCAAGAGGAGAAUCUAUGAAGAUUUUGAAGUUCUGUUGACUCAUUUGUCUUCCCUCCCAUUCUCAUUGAGAUCUCAGGAUGCUAGGAAGUGCUAUUACGAGACAAAACGUGCAGCGGUGAAAUACUGGACAGCUAGGGAAGAAUUUCUGGAGCAUUUCCCGACUUGGUAUGUGUGUGACGGAAGUGUCCACGAGAUGUUUGAUGGCCCAGGUGGCAGCAAAUCUUCGUCCCCUACGGCUGGACAGUGAAACAAUAUGCUGCAUAACAGCUGUAUUUUGUAAUGGGUGGACUUUAACGGUGGGGUUUUAUGUGAACACGAUAUCCCCCUGGCUAGGCUGUGCAUGCUCGCGCGCGCACACUAUACCUACCCUCACCUGCGCAUG